AUGGCUUCCAGACUCGAUCGUCUCGUCACGAUCUUGGAAACUGGCAGCACUAAGUUGAUCAAGGAUACUGCCGUCAACCAGCUAGCAGAUUGGCAGAAGCAACACCCCGAGGAAUUAUUCAAUUUGCUUUCCCGAGUGGUCCCAUAUCUCCGCCACAAGGACUGGGAUACUCGCGCAACUUCCGCCAGGGCUCUUGGCAAGAUUGUCGGGAACGCCGCUCUUUAUGAUCCGAAUGAAGACGAAGACCCCGCAGAAGUAAAGAAAGAGGAACCUGCACCGCAAAACGGUCUCAUCAAGAAAGAGGAAGAUACUGAGUUGUCACUUACCGCAGACGAGUAUUUCAGGCCCGAGACACUCGAUGUCCCCACGAUACUCGAACACGGCCGUGAACUGCUGCGCACUGGUACCGUUGACUAUGGUCUUGCUAGUCUUGAACCCCAGGCCCGGCUGGCCCACCAGAAGAAAACUCUCAAUGGUCGACUAGGACUGCUCGGAAGGCACUUCGAGGACGAUGAGAUCCCCAUCAUCAUAGAAAAGUCAGCCAGUCCAUUCUCCGAGGCGCAAGACACAGCGGCUGUCAAUGGGAUGGGCCGCCAAGAGAGCUUUGCCAGUUCAGGGCCUAGCCAGCAACACCUUGAGGAGCCGGGUCUCUCCGGCUUGAGUACUCGUCAACUCAAUGUGUUGAAACGGAAAAGAAAGAAAGACGCACUAAAGGCCGCUCACGGCAAGGGUGGAUUUGGGGACUUGUCAAUACGACGAACCUUUACAGCCGGGUCUGAUGGGUUCGAUGACACGCCCAUGCCGGAUGUCGAGAACAAGAAGAAUGGGAAGAACGACUACUUCAGCUUGGACCGACCCGCUGAUGUCGACGAGGACUCCAAGGUUGUUUCAGAAUUCAAGGGACCCAUCCUACCGAUCAAGUCCGAAAUCGAGACCGAAGAUGAAUUGCAAGGGUCAGAGUGGCCGUACGAGCGGCUAUGCAAGUUUCUGAAGAUUGAUAUCUUCGACACCCAGUGGGAAAUCCGUCACGGUGCAGCUCUGGGCUUGCGGGAGGUCCUUCGAGUUCACGGUGCCGGUGCUGGACGCUUAAGAGGGAGAUCGAGAAGAGAAAACGAUGCCCUCAACCGCAAGUGGCUCGACGACAUGGCCUGCCGACUCUGCUGUGUGCUCAUGCUGGACCGAUUUACGGACUACGCUUCAGACACGAGCGUCGCACCUAUACGAGAAACCGUAGGCCAGACCUUGGGUUCGUUUCUGAAACACGUACCCCCGGAAUCUGUGCACACCAUCUACCUGAUCCUUUUCAGGAUGGUGAUGCAGCAAGACCUGGGCCUGGACAGGCCUGUUUGGGCAGUCUGCCAUGGUGGGAUGGUUGGUCUAAGAUACGUCGUGGCUGUGAGGAAGGACCUGUUACUUCAACAUGGCGAAAUGGUCGAUGGCGUUAUUCAGGCUGUCAUGAAGGGACUUGGCGAUAGUGACGACGACGUCCGGUCUGUGAGUGCAGCUACGUUGAUCCCAAUGGCUCAAGAAUUCGUCCAGCUUCGACCGGCCGCCUUGGAUGAGCUCAUCAGCAUUGUAUGGGAGAGUCUUUCUAGCUUGACCGACGAUUUGAGCGCCAGCACUGGAAAGAUCAUGGACCUUCUGGCGACUCUUUGUAGCUUCCCUGAAGUGCUCGAGGCGAUGAAGACUUCGGCGGAACACGACGAAGAGAGGACAUUCACCCUUCUAGUACCACGACUCUACCCUUUCUUGCGACAUACCAUUACCUCGGUCCGUCUGGCCGUUCUCAAGGCCCUGAUGACCUUCAUCAACGUUGGGGAGGAAUCCCAGGGCUGGCUAGAUGGCAGAAUCCUCCGGUUGAUCUUUCAGAAUAUCCUCGUGGAACGGGACCAAGAGACUCUCAAAAUGUCCAUCCAGCUAUGGACGGCCCUGGUGAAGUGCUUGGCAAAGGAUCCGGAACGUCUUGCGAACGAAUUUGCUCCACAUAUCGACGCACUCAUGCAACUCACCCUCCAUCCUGUCGGCGUGUCUCGGAAUCCGAUACCCAUGAAUGGUUCUUUGUUCCAAAAGCCGUCUGGGGGCUCCUACAUAGUCCCUGGGUUUGCACCGCCAGUGGCACGCAAGGGUUCCGAGCCCGAGGGAGAGAGGGCUGCCAAGAGGCGGAGAAAAUCUACCAAGAUCGAGGACCCUCCCACGGUGACCCAUUCACAUGAUCUCGAUGGGCACAUGAUGUUGGGGGACGUGGACCUAGUAAGCAUGGAUACGCUCAUCCGGUCCCGCGUUUCGGCUGCCGGUGCUAUGGGUCUGAUCAUGGCUCUGGUGCCCAAAGAACACAUGGAGGCUUACGACGCCAUCCUCGUUCCCGGCUUCACUUCUGCGUACUCUUCUACCCAACUUGCUGCGUGCGUCGUCAUCGAUGAAUACGCACGAAACUGUCCAACUUCGCAAGCUGAUACGUCGAAAUAUGCCAAUGAGCUGCUCAAGAUCGUUGACUCUGAUCGACCUCCCCAGUACCGCGACUUGGUCAGCUUUGUGCAGCGGGUUAGAUCGCAGUGCCAGCAACUCAUCAAUCUCUUCAGAGACCAUGGCAAGGUGGCUCAACAGAAGCUUCCAAGCCUCGCGGUAGUAGUGCAAGGCGAGGCCGAAGCCGGCCCCACGGCCUUCUCUCUGGCCAAUGCCGACAAGUGCGUGAGUGACGACUUCGAUCGACUAAAGAAAGCCAUGGCACCGGCACAACGCUUGAUUUCUAUCCAGCAGCUCAAUGAAGCUCGACAAGUAGCCCUUACGGCAAUCGACGAGGCCAAGUCUAUCAAGGACAGCCGUGACGUUCGUAUCAAGGCGGCUGCUGCUUGUGCUCUGAUAGCCAUGAAGACGCUACCCAAGAAGCCAAGCCCUCUCGUCAAGGGCAUUAUGGACAGCAUCAAGCUCGAAGACAACCAACAACUUCAGGGCCGCUCCGCAGAGACAAUAGCGCGACUGGUACUGUUAUUCACGGAGAAGGGUCGCCGGGGACCCGCAGACAAGGUCGUCUCGAAUCUGGUCAAAUUCUCAUGCGUCGAGGUUGCGGAGACGCCGGAGUACCCCGUUCAUGCAGCAAAGACCGACGUCAUACUAUCGAUGCAAAAGGAAGAGGAUCGAGUUGACCACGUUGAUGCUGCAAAGUUUGCGCGUGAGGCAAAAGGGGCUCGCAUAACGCGACGUGGAGCCAAGGAAGCUCUUGAGAUACUGUCUCGAACCUUUGGUGCUGAUCUAUUCUCCACAGUACCAAGUUUGCGACGGUUCAUGGAAGAACCCCUGGCGAAGGCUUUCUCCGGUGAACUACCCGACGAGGCAAGAGAUGCCGAAAGCACAUUUGGUCAAGAAGUCGUUGAUGCGAUGUCGAUCAUCAGAACCAUAGUCCCGACCUUGCACAAGUCUCUCCAGUCCUUUGUCAUGGAGCAGUUGCCUCUGGUCAUAAAAGCUCUUCAUUCCGAACUGUCUGUCUUCCGCUAUAUGGCGGCGAAGUGUUUGGCCACUGUCUGCAGCGUUAUACCUGUGGAAGGCAUGACAGCCCUCGUGGAGAAGGUCCUCCCGUCCAUCAGCAAUCCCAUCGAUAUAAAUUUCCGCCAAGGUGCCAUUGAGUGUAUCUAUCACCUGAUAGCUGUCAUGGGGGACCGCAUCUUACCCUAUGUCAUUUUCCUCAUCGUGCCUGUGCUGGGUCGCAUGAGUGAUUCAGACAAUGAUAUUCGUCUGAUUGCAACCACGUCCUUCGCUACACUGGUCAAACUCGUGCCCCUCGAAGCCGGCAUUCCCGAUCCUCCUGGUCUUUCGGAGGAGUUACUAAAGGGGAGAGAUCGCGAGCGGACUUUCAUCGCUCAGCUUCUGGAUCCCAAGAAGGUCGAGCCAUUCCACGUUCCCGUUGCAAUCAAUGCCGAAUUGCGUUCAUAUCAGCAAGAAGGUGUCAAUUGGCUUCAUUUCCUCAACAAAUAUCACCUGCACGGUAUUCUUUGCGACGACAUGGGUCUCGGUAAGACUCUUCAGACACUAUGUAUGGUCGCUAGUGAUCACUACAACAGAGCAGAAGAGUUCAAGAAGACCGGCGCCCGAGACGCGCGCAAGCUUCCGUCUCUUAUCGUGUGUCCUCCGACACUCUCGGGUCAUUGGCAACAGGAGAUCAAGACAUUUGCUCCGUUCCUGGGCGUGACAGCUUUCGUUGGACCGCCGGCGGAAAGGAGGGCAAGAGCAACCCAGUUCGCAACGACAGACAUUGUAAUCACAUCAUAUGACGUCUGCCGUAACGACACGGAACUCCUGGAGAAACAGAACUGGAACUACGUCGUGCUAGAUGAGGGCCACCUGAUCAAGAACCCGAAAGCAAGGAUUAGUGCUGCGGUCAAAAGGCUCGCCAGCAACCAUCGCCUGAUCCUCACUGGUACACCGAUCCAGAACAAUGUCCUGGAGCUAUGGUCGCUUUUUGACUUCUUGAUGCCCGGAUUCCUGGGCGCUGAGAAGGUCUUCUUGGACCGUUUCGCCAAACCCAUAGCAGCCAGUCGUGGCGGCAAAGCUUCGUCUAAAGAGCAAGAAGCUGGCGCUUUGGCAAUCGAGGCACUGCACAAGCAGGUCCUACCCUUCUUGCUUCGUCGUCUUAAGGAAGAAGUCCUCAACGAUCUCCCGCCCAAGAUCCUUCAGAACUACUACUGCGAUCUCAGUGAUGUGCAGAGGAAGUUGUUCGAAGACUUCACCAAGAAGCAGGGCAAGACGAUCACCGAAGAGGCUGGUCGCGAUGACAAGGAUGCCAAGCAACAUAUCUUCCAGGCGCUGCAAUACAUGCGAAAGCUUUGCAACUCCCCAGCACUUGUCAUGACUCCAAGCAACAAGCUCUACGAGGACACGCAGCGCCUACUUGCGAAGCAAGGAACCAGCAUUGAGGAUCCAGUGCAUGCUCCCAAGCUUACUGCUCUCAAGGAUCUGCUGGUGGAUUGCGGUAUUGGAGUUGAGGGUACUGAUGCGAACGACCCACUGAAGAAUGAUCCUCUUUACCAACCCAUCAAGCCCCAUCGCGCCCUGAUUUUCUGCCAGAUGAAAGAAAUGCUGGACAUGGUUCAGAACACGGUGCUCAAGCGCAUGCUGCCAUCUGUCUCUUAUCUACGUCUCGAUGGUUCAGUCGAGGCUAACAAGAGACAAGAUAUUGUCAACAGGUUCAACAAGGAUCCGUCUUACGACUGCCUGCUUUUGACGACAAGUGUUGGCGGUCUGGGUCUCAACCUGACAGGUGCAGAUACUGUCAUCUUCGUUGAGCAUGACUGGAACCCCCAGAAAGACUUGCAAGCUAUGGACCGCGCCCAUCGCAUCGGCCAGAAGAAGGUGGUCAACGUAUAUCGACUGAUUACGAGAGGCACGCUGGAGGAGAAGAUCAUGAGUCUACAAGCCUUCAAGAUAGACGUGGCUUCUACCGUGGUGAACCAGCAGAAUGCGGGCCUCGGAACAAUGGAUACAGAUCAGAUAUUAGACCUCUUCAACCUCGGCGAUGCAGGUCCAAACCUGAUCACGGACAAACCUGGCACGGGCGUCGAAGGACGCGAGGAGGACAUGGUAGACGUCGAGACUGGAGAGGUGAGGGCCCCGGGCAAGAAGGCAUGGGCGGAUGACCUGGGAGAACUAUGGGAUAAUCGUCAGUACGAAGAAAGCUUCGACCUGGACGGAUUCCUCAAGACGAUGGGCUAG